UAAUAUUAUUACUUUGUUAGCAGAGUCAUGGAAGAUUCUAGUAGCAGUGCGGUGACUGAAGCACCUACCCAGGAGCGUGCAGCCACAGAUGAUGUCAACACGACAUCCGACCCCGGCAUGUACGGUUACAUCAAGCAGGACCUCUUCACCUCCGAGAUCUUCAAAGUGGAGAUCCAGAACCUUCCCAAGUUCAUCGGCUUUAACGACCUGAAGAAGUUUCUGGCCAAGCACGGCCUGAACCCGCACAAAGUCAAGCUGUUGAGCAGGUUCGCCUUCGUCACCUUUAAGAACGAGGAGGAGCGCGACAAGGCCAUGAAGAUGGUGCACGGCAUGCAGUGGAGGGGCCAGGUGUUGAGCGUCAGGCUGGCUAAGCCCAAAGCGGACCCCAUUCAGAGGAAGAGGAAGCAGCAGCAGGAGGAGGGAGAAGGAGCAGGAGGGCAGCCUCCUGCCAAGCGAGCAGAAGGCGACGAGGAGGAGCUGAGUGUCCAAAUUGCCAACGUGGUGACCCCUCUGUGGAAUGUUCCUUAUGAGGAGCAGCUGAAGAGGAAGCAGCAGGAGGCUGUGCGGGUUCUGCAGGGCUUGGCAAAAGAGAUUGGCAAAACCAACAAAGGUAUAUUGCCUUGGCUCUUUGACAUGAAAGGAAAAUACAACAAAAUGUGUUGUCCCCUGGAAACUAUUCAGCCAUCUCCUACACAGAGCAACUACAGAAACAAGUGUGAAUUCCUCGUCUCCAUGGGCGCAGACGGGGAAGAUAAGACGGUCGGUUUCCGCUUGGGGAAAUACAAAGGUGGUUCUUGUGCCGUUGUGGGCCCGGAGAAAGCGUGCCACGUCUCAGACGAGGCUAAGAAAGUUGUCCACGUCUUUCAGAAGUUUAUCAGGUCGACAUCUUACACCGUCUACAGUCCGGAAACAUAUGAAGGGCACUGGAAGCAGCUGACUGUUCGGACCACCAGGACCAAACAAGCCAUGGCAAUGGCCUUCUUUAACCCUCAGAAACUUGAAGAAACAGAACUGGAUGUGUUAAAGAGCUCCAUGAAGAAAUACUUCACAGAUGGAGAGGGCAAAGACAGCGGAAUAACCUCUCUUUACUUUGUCAGAGAGGGUCAAAGACAAUCUCCUAACGCUGAAGACUUGCCAUGUGAGCUGGUGCUCGGAGACCACUGCAUUCACGAGGAACUCCUCGGUCUGCAAUUCAGAAUAUCUCCUCAUUCUUUCUUUCAGGUGAAUACUGCGGGAGCAGAGGUUCUGUACUCAGCGGUGGGGGAAUGGGCCCAAUUGGAUGAGAGCAGCACAGUUUUGGACGUGUGCUGUGGGACUGGAACUAUUGGCAUCUCUCUGGCUAAGAGGGUCAAGAAGGUUAUUGGCAUCGAGCUGUGCCAGGCGGCAGUGGAAGACGGCAAAGCCAACACAAAACUUAACGGUCUUAGUAACGUGGAGUUCCACUGCGGAAAAGCUGAAGACAUGUUCUGCAUUCUGGGCGCUCUGGUGUCCCCCAGCAUCACAGCCAUUGUAGAUCCACCAAGGGCGGGAUUACAUUCCAAGGUGAUACUCGCCAUCAGGAGAGCGGCGCAUCUGAAGAAGCUGAUUUACGUGUCGUGCAACGCCAAGGCAGCUAUGAAUAACUUCAUUGACCUGUGCAGGGCGCCCUCUAACAGAGUCCACGGAGCACCGUUCCGCCCUGUUCGAGCCAUGGCUGUGGACAUGUUUCCUCAGACGAUGCACUUUGAGAUGGUUCUUCUCUUUGAGAGGGAAAGCACCUCCCAGCAGCAGACCAAUCAUCCGGAACAAAAGGUCUGUUCAUCUUAGAAAUGGCUUCAUGUGUGGACAAGACAGUCUCAUUAAAGAAUCAUUCAUGUAUUGUAGAUUUAAGUCUUUUUAAUGAUUUACCAUCCAAAUUAUGUUUCCUUUUUGUUAUUCUGUUAUGCCUAAUGAUAUACUUCUUUUGGAAUAAAAUCCUAUUAUUUCAAAACUA